AUGCUUGGUGAUGAAAACCAAAAUCCGUACACAAGAAUUUCAGAAAUUCCACAGGAUUUAUCGCUUUUGUCCGUAGAGGAUGUUGGCAAUGUUCUACAAUGCUUAAAUAUGCACGAUUACGUUGAACUAUUCGCGAACGAGAUGAUAGAUGGUGCGAUCCUUAAAGAUCUUGAUUUAGACAGCUUUAAAGCUAUAAAUGUUAAUUUGUUUCAUGCGAAAAAGUUGUUAAAGUUUAUUGGUGGAUGGCGUCCAGGAAAAGGCCGGGAGAAAUAG